ACCCCUCCUCAGUCCUAAUUCCUGUUACCUGCACUCACUGUGUGAUGUCUAAAGCUAGAGGGCAGGACUAUGUCUUUCUGUAUCACCGAGUGCACUUUCUGGUCCUUCUCAGAUUCAGAUUAUGGGAUGGAUUCUCCAUGAAACUGGCUCACGUUUUGUCUCAAUGCUUGGAUCUCCUUCCAAAAUACACCGCCUAUACCCCCAGAGUGGAAAAACUUAAAUACCCCCUUUUCCAAAAGAGUUUAAUCAUUUUGGGUGACAUUGCCCCGGUGUGCAGGGACACAGCCCUCUUACACGUGCAUGAAUGAAGUGGGAUGAGCUGGCUGGAAGGAAAGCUCUGGACCUUGUCUCCUCCCUGGUCUACAUUACGCGUUUAUACUGAAUUUAGCAGCGUUAAACUGAUUUAACCCUGCACCCAUCCACACAAUGAAGCCCUUUAUAUCGAUAUAAAGGGCUCUUAAAACCGAUUUCUGAACUCCUCCCCAACGAGGGGAGUAGCGCUGAAAUCAGUAUUGCCAUGUCGGAUUAGGGUUAGUGUGGCUGCAAAUCGAUGGUAUUGGCCUCUGGGCGGUAUCCCAGAGUGCACCAUUGUGGCCGCACUGGAAAGCCAUCUGAACUCAGAUGCACUGGCCAGGUAGACAGGAAAAGCCCUGUGAACGUUUGAAUUUCAUUUCCUGUUUGGCCAGCGUGGAGAGCUCACCAGCACAGGUGACCACGCAGAGCUCAUCAGCACAGGUAACAAUGCAGUCUCCGGAGAAUCGAAAAAGAGCUCCAGCAUGGACUGCACGUGAGGUACUGGAUCUGACUGCUGUAUGGGGAGAGGAUUCCGUGCUGACAGAACUCCGUUCCAAAAGACGAAAUGAAAAAACAUUUGAACAAAUUUCCAAGGCCAUGAUGCAGAGAGGCCACACGAGGGACUCAGUACAGUGCUGUGUGAAAGUUAAGGAGCUCAGACAAGCCUUCCAGAAAACCAAAGAAGCAAACGGAAGGUCCGGGGCAGGGCUGAAAACAUGCCCCUUCUACGCUGAGCUGCAUGCAAUUCUAGGGGGGUCUGCCACCACUACCCCACCCCUGUCCAUGGAUUCCAAGGUAGGGGUAAUCUUAGCCAUGCCUGAGGAUUCUGCGGAUGGGGAAGAUGAGGAGGAGGAAGAGGAAGACGAGCUUGCAGAGAGCACACAGCACUCCAUUCUCCCCAACAGCCAGGAGCUUUUUCUCACCCUGAUGGAAUUACCCUCCCAGCCCGCCCAAGCCACUAGCCCAGACAAUGAAGCCAUGGAAGGGACCUCUGCUGCACAUUUUUCAAGCCUCCCUACUCCGUCCCGAAGGCUAUCUCAGAUAAGGUGGUGGAAAAAAAGGCGCAAGACAAAAUGUUCUCGGAAAUCAUGGAAGUGACCCGCAAUGAAAGAGCUCAUCUGAAUGAAUGGAAGGACGUGGUAACAAAGUACAGGAAAGAUGCCAGUAACCGUGAGGACAGGAGGGACGAACGUGAGGACAGGAGGGAUGCUCGAGAUGAGAGGUGGCGACAGGAAGAUCAGCGGUGGCGGGAUGCAAUGCUGGGGCUGCUGCGUGAUCAAACUGACAUGCUCUGGCGUAUGGUGGAGCUUCAGGAAUGGCAGCAGGAUCUUAGAGUGCCACUGCAGCCCCUGUAUAACCACCCUCCCUCCUCACCAUGUUCCUUAGCCUCCUCACCCACCAGACGAGUAAGAACGCGUGGGGGGAGGCUCCAUGCACCUGGUCACUCCACCCCAGUGGACAGCCCAACCAAAAAGCUGUCAUGAAAUUUUUUUAGUGGCCUUUUCCUUCCCUCCUAUCCUCCUCCCAAACCCCACCCGGGCUACCUUGUCAGUUCUCUCCCUCUUUUUAUAAUUAAUUAAUAAAGAAUACAUGAUUUUUAAAUGAAAGUGACUUUAUUUCCUUAGAAAGCAAGCUGUGUUCGAAGGGUGCGGGGGAUGGCUUACAGGGAAUGAGUCAAUCAAGGGGUGGUGGGUUUUAUCAAGGAGAAACAAACACAACAGUCACACUGUACCCUGGCCAGUGAUGAAACUGGUUUUCAAAGCUUCUCUAAUGCGCACCACUUCCUGGUGUGCUCUUCUAAUCGCCCUG